AUAUCUAUUUCAGCGAUAGGAAUCGAUAUCAACUUAUAUAUAAUUUGCAUCACUAACUUUAAUUCGUUCUCCCUACAGGACUUCGCCAUUUGAAUUUUGCGUGCGACUAGCACAAGGAAAAUACGCUUAAUGCAAAGAAAAUAAAGCACACUUCGUGUUAUUCCUCCUCUGAAAGCAAACAUUUAAUUGUUGUGUGCACUCGCUAAAUUUAUUGCUAAUUAAGAUGGCACAGGAUAUGCCAACUUUCAAGUGCAUUUUGGUCGGCGAUGGCGGAACCGGCAAAACGACGUUCGUCAAACGCCAUUUAUCCGGCGAAUUUGAGAAGAAAUAUGUGGCCACUCUGGGAGUCGAGGUGCAUCCAUUGGUGUUUCACACCAAUCGCGGCGCAAUACGUUUCAAUGUGUGGGACACUGCCGGACAGGAGAAAUUUGGUGGUCUGCGCGACGGCUAUUAUAUUCAGGGACAAUCAGCUGUCAUUAUGUUCGAUGUGACGUCACGAGUCACAUACAAAAAUGUACCCAACUGGCAUCGAGAUUUGGUGCGCGUUUGCGAUAACAUUCCGAUUGUGCUGUGUGGCAACAAAGUCGAUAUCAAGGAUCGCAAGGUAAAGGCCAAGUCGAUUGUGUUUCAUCGCAAGAAAAAUUUACAGUAUUACGAUAUAUCGGCAAAAUCGAAUUACAACUUUGAGAAACCGUUCCUUUGGCUCGCCCGCAAACUGGUGGGUGAUGCGAAUUUAGAGUUUGUGGCAAUGCCGGCGUUGCUGCCUCCAGACGUCAAAAUGGACACAGACUGGCAGCUGCAAAUCGAACGAGAUUUGCAGGAGGCUCAGGCGACCGCCUUGCCCGACGACGAUGAGGAUCUCUAAGCGAAAGGCUUACAAUACGAAAAAAGAUUUAAAAUACAUAAACAAGAAAUGGGAUCGACAGGGUGAACAAGCUAAUUGUUAUCAUGUCAGAAGCAAAAACCGCCGCGCCAGUAAAUAAUAUAAGCAACACACAAACACAUACAUUAAAAUGUAUAUUCGAUUUAAGCAAACACAUUCAGCAACAAAACACUCUUAGAGUAAAUAAAGCUCUAAAAAUAUCAAA